AUGCGAGAGAAAAAGUUCACGUUAGCGCACCAUAAAACCGAAGUGGUGAUGAUUAGCAACCGGAAAGUUGUACAACAACUGAAAAUUACGGUCGGGGAACAUAUUGUCAACUCAAAGCGUGAGGUAAAGCAUCUAGGGGUGAUGAUUGACGACCGGCUGAGCUUCAACGGGCACGUAGAUUAUGUGUGCGAGAAGGCGGCGAGAUCGAUCAAAGCUUUGAUUAGAAUCACGCCAAACAACUCGGUGAUAAACAGCAGUAAGAAGAGGCUCCUGGCCAGUGUGACUACGUCAAUAAUGAGAUAUGGCGGAUCAGCCUGGGCGUCGGCGCUCAAGACAAAAAGAAACCAGAAGUGUCCACGUGGCUAG